AUGGCCUCAGCACAGGAUAUCGCUGGCGUCUCUGCCCACAGCAAGCAGCUCGAAGUCUCUGCCAGUCUGGGUCUGUCAACGUCGCCCACAGCUACUUUCCAGUCCCCCCCUUCCAGCUUUGCUGGUGCGGCGUUGACCCGGAGACCUGCCCCCAAGCUCCUGAAACCCUUCGACACACAGGAUAUCAAGAUUCUGCUUCUUGAGAAUGUAAACCAGACCGGCAAGGACAUCCUUACCGAACAGGGCUACCAGGUCGAGGCUCUUAAGACCUCCUUGCCCGAAGACCAGCUCAUUGAGAAGAUCCGGGACGUGCAUGUCAUUGGCAUUCGCUCCAAGACCAAGUUGACCGAGAAGGUCCUGCGCGAAGCCAAGAACUUGCUUGUCAUUGGUUGCUUCUGCAUCGGCACCAACCAAGUUGAUCUCGAAUAUGCUGCUGCGCACGGUAUUGCUGUCUUCAAUUCUCCCUUCGCCAACUCGCGCAGUGUCGCGGAGCUUGUCAUUGCCGAGAUCAUCACUCUGGCCCGUCAGCUCGGUGACCGUUCCAACGAGAUGCACCGGGGGACAUGGAACAAGGUCAGCGCUAAGUGCUGGGAAAUUCGCGGGAAAACUCUUGGCAUUGUCGGUUAUGGCCACAUUGGCUCUCAGUUGUCCGUUUUGGCCGAGGCCAUGGGCAUGAACGUUGUGUACUAUGAUACCGUGAACCUCAUGGCCCUAGGUACCUCGAGACAAGUGCCCACCCUAGAAAACUUGCUUGAGGAGGCCGACUUUGUCACCCUGCACGUGCCGGAGCUCCCAGAGACCAAGAACAUGAUUUCCACUGCUCAGCUAGAGAAGAUGAAGACCGGCGCUUACCUCAUCAAUGCCAGCCGUGGCAGCGUCGUUGACAUACAGGCCCUUAUCAACGCCAUGCGCUCCGGCAAGAUUGCUGGCGCUGCUCUCGACGUCUACCCCAAUGAGCCGGCAGCCAACGGCGACUACUUCAACAGCUCGCUCAACUCAUGGGGCGAGGACCUGCGGAGCCUGAACAACAUCAUCUUGACGCCCCACAUUGGUGGUUCGACUGAGGAGGCUCAGCGAGCUAUCGGUGUCGAAGUUGCCGAGGCGCUCGUGCGCUACAUUAACCAGGGUGUCACCCUCAACAGUGUGAACUUGCCCGAGGUCAACCUGAGAUCGCUGACUCUGGACGAGCCUGAACACGCUCGUGUCAUCUACAUUCACCGAAACGUUCCUGGUGUUUUGCGCAGAGUCAACGAGAUUCUUGGCAACCACAACGUCGACAAACAAAUUUCCGACAGUAAGGGCGAUAUUGCUUACCUGAUGGCCGAUGUCAGCAGUGUCAAGACCGACGACAUCAAGGAGAUUUCCGAUGGACUGGAUUCUCUCAGCUCGCGCAUUUUGACCCGUGUUCUGUACUAG